AUGCUCACCAGCUGCUCGUCGGCGGCUCCUGAUGCGGCACGCCGGAUGGGGGCGCGGCGGUGCAGGGUAAUUGUUGUUGCGAUGCAGCGCUCAUCACUGGCUGCCAGGGUUGCAAUGGAGCUUCGCCGGAGUUGCUGUGGAGCUUCGUCGGAGCCGGGUGUACCGUUGGAGCUCCGGCGAGGCUGCAAUGGAGCUCGGCCGGAGUUGCAAUGGAGCUUCGCGUGGAGCUAUCGGUGUUGCAUUGGAGCUACGCCGGAGUUGCAAUGGAGCUUGCUGGAGUUACGCCGGAGUUGCAAUGAAGCUUUGCAGGAGCUGUCAGUGCUGCGUUGA